GACUGUGAGUAUGUGACGCAUCUCCUCCUACUCCUCCCUUUGUCCACUGUGCAGCAGAAUCUGGUUCAGGAGAGCUUCAUAAGGAGUUUACAAUUCAGAGAUCAUGGCUGUACCCCCAAUAUACGUCGACCUUGGCAAACCAGCCAGGGAUGUCUUCACCAAGGGUUACGGUUUUGGCCUGAUCAAGCUGGACUUGAAAACAAAGUCAGAAAAUGGAUUGGAAUUCACCAGCACAGGCUCUGCUAACACAGAGACCAGCAAAGUGGCGGGCACCCUGGAGACCAAGUACAAAUGGUCAGAGCACGGUCUGACCUUCACCGAGAAGUGGAAUACAGACAACACCCUGGGCACGGAGAUCACACUAGAGGACCAGCUGGCUAAAGGUCUGAAGUUGACAUUUGAUUCAUCUUUCUCGCCAAACACAGGCAAGAAGAGUGGAAAGAUCAAGACUGGCUAUAAGCGAGAGCACAUCAAUCUGGGCUGUGAUGUGGAUUAUGACAUCAAUGGCACGGCCGUUCACGGGGCAGCGGUCGUGGGCUACGAGGGAUGGUUGGCCGGCUAUCAGAUGACCUUCGAGGCGGGCAAGAACAGGGUCACCCAGAGCAACUUCGCUGUCGGUUACAAGACUGACGAGUUCCAGCUGCACACCAAUGUAAAUGAUGGCACUGAAUUUGGUGGGUCUAUUUACCAGAAGGUGAAUGAUCAGCUUGAGACAGCAGUCAAUCUGGCCUGGACUGCCGGGAAUAGCAACACACGCUUUGGCAUCGCUGCCAAGUAUCAGAUCGAUUCCGACGCCUCCUUCUCGGCCAAAGUGAACAAUUCUAGCCUUGUUGGUCUUGGAUACACCCAAACUCUUAAGCCAGGGAUCAAGCUUACCCUGUCGGCUCUUUUGGACGGAAAGAACAUCAACGCUGGCGGCCACAAGCUUGGUCUGGGUCUGGAGUUUGAGGCAUAGACGGCCAUCUCAAAGCUCUGAUUAUUUCGUUGAAUCUACCCUCACAACCUUGUGUUUCUCUAGAUGUGCUACGGAUGAGUUGAGGUGUUACAAUGUCAAAUCAUCCAACAGUUGAUUUCCUCACUGUUGGAUUUCAGAUGAUAGGUUAUACUGGACUUCAAGACCCAAGUUUAUGAAAAGGGAAACAUUGCAUAUUUAAGAACUUUAAAAGGUAGGCCUCACAAGAACAUUUAAGUAAAGUAGUUAUUGUAAUGUUUCAGAAUGAAAAUGCAUAUUUCUUUUGCUAUCAUCAUGUGAGUAAACAUUAACUUAUUGACCGUUAAGUACCAGAACAAUCUGGGCAAAUUAUUUCAGUCAGAUUUCAAACCACAAUUUCAGCUUUUCUGGGAGAAAACAUGUCCACAAGGUUGGACCGAUAUAGUUUGUCAAAGAGACACUGACCUUGGUUGAACAACAUUCCUUUACCACUAAAAUAUUCCUGGUCUGGGAAUAUUUAUAUUGACAAACAAAGCCUUCGAGAAAGAAGGAAGCAGUCUGUUUACAGAUACUACUGGAUGGGUUAGUUGUCCUCCACUUAUGCAGCAGCAGUAGGCCUAUGAGGCACUGAACCUUGGUGUUUGUCAGUCAGUGUUUUGUCUCACUCGUCUUUGUGAAUCGGAUGUGAACUGAUUUUCUUUUGUUAUUCUUAUACCUUAAUCAUGUUACCAAUAUUCUUGUGUACUUUAACCUGCCUGUCACACGGAAGGCAAGAUUCUUGCAACUCUGUUGUCCCUGAACAGUAAAGGAAGACACGUAUAUGCUAAACACUAGUCAAUCCCGAAUGCCAUUGGGCUGAAAUUAAUACAUUUGAAACGAAAAUGUAGUCUUCCAGUGUUGAAGUAGGAUCAGAACACUAUGUACUUGACAUUCUUGUUGCCCCCUAAAAUAAGUAAAGUAUUUGAACCUAAACUCUG